AUGGCAACCCCGGUCUCCGCCGUCGCCCUCGUGCUCCUCUCUCUCCUCCCUUUGUGCUCUCCGCUCCCUCUCGAGUCUCUCAGAGAAGCCACCCAUGUUCUCUCGAACUCAGGCUUUGUGUCCAUGUCCUUAAGUCUCAAUCUCAUCUCCAAGACCCUGAUGUCCCCUCAAGUCCCCUCCCUCACUGUCUUCUCUCCCUCGGAUGACUCCUUCGCACAGUUCGGCCAGCCGUCACUGUCUCUCCUUCAAUUCCACUUCUCGCCCCAUGCGCUCUCUCUCGAUACCUUGAGGUCACUUCCUCAUGGGGCCAAGAUCUCCACCAUGAACGCCAAUCAUUCUCUGAUGGUCACCACCUCGCCAUCUGAUUAUCAAGUUCAGAUAAACAGCGUCAAGAUUAUCGGCUCACCAGUGUUCAAUGAUGGGAACUUGGUGAUCUUUGGGAUUGAGAUGUUCUUCGAUCCAGAGUUCCAAACUUCGGCUCCGGUUCAAAGUCCAAUCCCUGGCCUUGAAUGUGUAGCCCCAAGAUAUGGCGGUUCGGAGGAUCUUUCUGGUGGGAACGUGUUUGGUGAGGCUUGUGGGGCAAUGAGAUCAAAAGGCUACUCUGUGAUGGCUUCUUUUCUUGGUUUGCAAUUGAUGAAACCGAAGGGCGAUAAUCAGAUGUUGACGGUUUUCGCUCCGUCGGACGAAUCGAUCGUGAAUCACACGGAGUUUCAGCGAGUACCCUUCGGUCUUUCUGCGGCAUGUCGUUCCGUGCAAGCUCUCAGCCAGUGA